GAAGCACAAAGAACCGCCUGUAACCUCGCGCAUCUCAGGGAUACUGGUCAAACACACUGGUUUAUUUGCUUUUAGACAAGCCCGUCUCGCCAAUGGAUCCAUACGACAGUGACUCGACCGGACUGGAGGACGAGGGCGACUACACGGACACCGGAGUCCUUCUGGGUUACGCCUCAAAGGAAGUCGUAGACGACAAUAUCAGCCAUCUGGGAGGCUGGCCGACAUGGCUCGACGGCAAUACCCCGCCUCCGGGCCACCUGGCUAACUGCAAGGUCUGUAAUCGCCCGAUGUCUCUACUCCUCGAGUUGAACGGUGAUCUCCCCGAACACUUCCCAGACGACGAGAGAAGACUGUACAUCUUCGGAUGUCCUAGGAGAGCAUGCAAUCGAAAGCCGGGCAGCAUCAGAGCGCUCCGCGCAACGAGGAAAUUCAGACAGACGGAGUCGGGAUCGGACUCAGUUCCUGCAGGCUCUAAGGGUGCGGUGCAAGAGCAAACCACUACCACGGCGCCUAAACAAGACCUGGGAGCAAGUAUAUUCGGAAAGAACCCAUUGACAAGCAACAACCUGUCCGCCAAUGCGAACCCUUUCUCAUCAUCAUCCUCAUCUGCACCGUUCAACCCGUUUGCGCAACCGUCGACUGCAGCCGCCGAGCAGCCGCCGACGAAAACAACGACGCCGGUCCCUACAUCUCCAGCUACCCUUUCCGAGACAUUCGCAGACAAAAUUCGCCUCUCAUCUCCCGAACCCCAGUCUGCAAAAGCUCCUCCUAAGGCUGCCGGUCCCCCCAAACCCUGGCCCCCACAUUCUGCCUUCCCAUCCCCUUACCCCCACUACUACCUAGACGCAGAAUAUGAAACUCUCUCCCGCCCAUCUACACCAGAAAUCCCGACCAACGCCACUGUUGAGAACGUCGAAGACGACAGCAACAAGGCAGGCUCAUCAUCAGACCCUAAGGACACCUUCGAAUCAGACCUAGACAAGGCCUUCAUCCGCUUCUCGACCCGUCUCUCGCAUAACCCCGAGCAGGUCCUCCGGUAUGAAUUCCGUGGAUCACCCCUGCUCUACUCACACGGAGAUCAAGUCGGCAAGCUGUUCCAUGGAGCGGGUAAUUCGGGCAAUUCUAAAAUUAGCACUACUGCUUCUAGCGGUAGAAUACCUCGCUGCGAGUCAUGCGGUAGUGCUCGCGUCUUUGAAUUCCAGCUCGUCCCGCACGCGAUCACUGUCCUGGAGGAGUCUGGAGAUGGGAUCAACCUCGAUGGGAUGGAAUGGGGUACUAUCAUUCUUGGGGUAUGUGGGAGGGAUUGCGGGGCUGAGGAGGUCGGUACCACUGCUUGGAGAGAGGAGUGGACUGGAGUGCAGUGGGAGGAGACGCGAUGAUUUUUAUGUCCUUUGGAUUUGGUUAGAUGCAUUGAUUUAUGAUUGAUGAUGUUAGGCAUGCAUAUAGGAAGAAUCGGAUUAGACCAGAUCAUAUACCAUGACCGAGAAUGAAGUCAAGUCU